AUGGCAUUCCCCAACGGCCAAUUCGCCCUGCUUGUGCUGGUUGGCCUUGUGCAUAUCGCCUCGGCAACAAACAUGCCCGCCGCUGGUUGCCACACCCGCUAUGUGUGCCCCUACAUUGACAACCUCGCUACUGCGACAAUCACCCAGUCCACGUUCACCAGAGUGCUGCCGCGCGUGCGCUCGAUCCACCUACUGCUACCAGUGGCACUGGUUCAAGAAGAGGAGGAGGAGGAGGAGGAGGAGGAGGAGGAGGAGGAGGAGGAGGAUGAGGAGGAGGAGGAGGAGGGGGAGGAGGAGGAGGAGGAGGGGGAGGAGGGAGAGAACACACCCCUUCCCCUAAUGUUGCACUCCUCAUUCCCCACUGUUCCACUGCCCUCCCUCCACUAUUCCACUGCCCUCCCCCCACUGUUCCACUGCCCUCCCCCCACUGUUCCACUCCCUUCCCCCUCAAAUCUGAUCACCUUCCCCCUCAUAUCUGGUCCCCUCCCCCCUCAUAUCUGGUCCCUUCCCCCUCAUAUCUGGUCCCCUCCCCCCUCAUAUCUGGUCCCCUCCCCCCUCAUAUCUGGUCCCCUCUCCCCUCAUAUGUGGUCCCCUCCCCCCUCAUAUCUGGUCCCCUCCCCCCUCAUAUCUGGUCCCCUCCCCCCUCAUAUGUGGUCCCCUCCCCCCUCAUAUCUGGUCCCCUCCCCCCUCAUAUCUGGUCCCCUCCCCCUCAUAUCUGGUCCCCCCCCUCCCCCCUCAUAUGUGGUCCCCUCCCCCCUCAUAUCUGGUCCCUCCCCCCUCAUAUCUGGUCCCCUCCCCCCUCAUAUCUGGUCCCCUCCCCCUCAUAUCUGGUCCCCUCCCCCCUCAUAUCUGGUCCCCCUCCCCCUCAUAUCUGGUCCCCUCCCCCCUCAUAUCUGGUCCCCUCCCCCUCAUAUCUGGUCCCCUCCCCCCUCAUAUCUGGUCCCCUCCCCCCUCAUAUCUGGUCCCCUCCCCCCUCAUAUGUGGUCCCCUCCCCCCUCAAAUCUGAUCACCUUCCCCCUCAUAUCUGGUCCCCUCCCCCCUCAUAUCUGGUCCCUUCCCCCUCAUAUCUGGUCCCCUCCCCCCUCAUAUCUGGUCCCCUCCCCCCUCAUAUCUGGUCCCCUCCCCCUCAUAUCUGGUCCCCUCCCCCCUCAUAUCUGGUCCCCUCCCCCCUCAUAUGUGGUCCCCUCCCCCCUCAUAUGUGGUCCCCUCCCCCCUCAUAUCUGGUCCCCUCCCCCCUCAUAUGUGGUCCCCUCCCCCCUCAUAUCUGGUCCCCUCCCCCCUCAUAUCUGGUCCCCUUCCCCCUCAUAUCUGGUCCCCUCCCCCUCAUAUGUGGUCCCCUCCCCCUCAUAUCUGGUCCCCUCCCCCCUAUCUGGUUGCACUCCCCGCACGCCUCAAGGGCUCACUUCAUGCCGACAUCUCCACGCCUCAAGGGCUCACUUCAUGCCGACAUCUGCACGCCUCAAGGGCUCACUUCAUGCCGACAUCUCCACGCUCACGCCUCUCACCUGCAUGUGCCUUGCGUCUGCUUCCUUCGAAUGUUGCUCUAUCGGCUUCAGAAUGCCAGUGCACCCUGUUUCUGUAUCUGCCACUCUUUCUAUUAUCUCGGCGGAUCAGAAUGGUCUUUCUCUUGCCAGUCCCAAGUUCAUACAGGACAGCUGUCUCGUGGAGCCGUAA